CAGUCAUGCUGAUCUCAGGACUCCUACCUGCCUGAACCUGUCCAGCAUUUCCACCUGUAACCGCACCCUUUACGCCUUUAAAAUGAAAUUGUCAUGAGCAAUAGUGAACAAACCUGUCCACACCACAGGAUCAAAUAUCAGGAACCAGGAGGCGAGCCAAAUCACUUUGUAAUUAAUGUUUUCCAGAGCAUCAGAGAGGAAGGACGGGAGUGUGUGAGUCCGGGAGGCUGUGUCUGAUCUCCGGUUGACCAUUGCCAAAGGGAGCCAUGGACUGGGGCACGCUUCAGGAGCUGUUGAGCGGCGUCAACAAGUAUUCUACAGGGAUCGGCCGCAUCUGGCUGUCCGUGGUCUUCAUUUUCAGGGUCCUAGUAUACGUGGUGGCUGCGGAGCAGGUGUGGGGCGAUGAGCAGAGUGACUUUGACUGUAACACCAGGCAGCCGGGCUGUGCCAACACCUGCUAUGACCAUUACUUCCCCAUCUCCCACAUCCGGCUGUGGGCCUUGCAGCUCAUCUGCAUCUCCACCCCCUCCCUGCUCAUCGUCAUGCACGUGGCCUACAGGAAAGAGCGGGAAAGGAAAAACACCAUAAAACAUGGGCAGCAAUGUCCCAAACUGUACACAGACACUGGGAAAAGGCAUGGCGGGCUGUGGUGGACCUACCUGUUCAGCCUGCUGUUCAAGACGUGCUUCGAGAUCUCAUUCUUGUACAUCCUGUACAGGAUCUAUGACCGCUUUGACAUGCCGACUCUGGUCAAGUGCUCAGUCUAUCCCUGCCCCAACCAGGUGGACUGUUACAUCGCCAAACCCACCGAGAAAAGGAUCUUCAGCUACUUCAUGGUAGCCGGCUCUGCCCUUUGCAUCGUCCUUAACAUGUCCGAGAUGCUCUACCUGAUCUUCAAACGCUGCUUCUAUUGUUGCAGUAGGAGGGCAGGCCGGAGGAACAGGUCAGAGAGGAGACAGAACCAGCUGAACUCCUUCCGUCCUCACCUGAAUUACAGGUAUGUCCAGCGCGACAACGAGAUCCAGCCAGUGGACAACAACGAACAAACCUCCCCGUCGUUCUGUUAAACCAGGACCAGUAGAGCCACGUGCUGAGUGUGUCAGGAGUAGGCAGGGACACAGGCUGGAUAUGUAUCAGUCACUUUCAUGUAUUUCCUGCCCUAAUGAAAUGAAAUGUUGUUGUAAUGUGGAACAGAAGGGAAAUAACUGUACCCUCUCAAGAACUUAGACAGCAUCUUUCACGGAGGAUAAUCUCGCAGAGUUUCACAGAGGCAGAGUGAAAUCCCAGCAAGGUGAGAGUUGACUGUGGUAGAAUUUGGGGAGAGUCAGGCAGGGAAGGAAGGUGCGAAGGGGGUGAUUUUUGGGAGAGACGUCAGAGAAGGGGAAUUCCCCGCAUCCAACAUUUCACGACGAAACUUGCCUCGAACUGACCAAGGAAUAAUGUGUGAACCACCAACAGCCAACCUUGAACCACAAUACAAAUAGGCUGCCACUGUGAUAGCAUGUGGCCAAACCUGACCUGGCACAGACCAGGCGAGCAGAGUGGGUGUGAGGCUGAGAGCCGCAGACUACAAUGACUUACUGACUAUCUCAGCCUUGUCACACAGAUCGUCACCAUCAGGGAUCUGCAGGACCAUUGUCGCAGACAAGACAGGAGAGAAACUUCCUUCUCUUUUCAAAUAGUACUAUGAGAUCUUUGAUGUCCACCUGGACAGACAGAGUGUCUCCCAGCCACAAGUGAUGAUGCUCCCAGCUUCCUACCACUACUUUCUUGGAAAUCUGCUGUGUAAUUCUUGUCAAUCAUGUAUUUAUUGUUCUUUUUCUACCGCACGAUCACCGUGCUAUUGUUCUGUGUAAAUGCACAUUUAUAUCGCACUCAGUAUGUUAUGAGUAUAAGAUGCCAGUGCUACUAAGAUAAUAAUAAUAACAAAAAUAAUAAUAAAUAUAUAGUCACAAUCAUUGGGGGAGGGUAGAAGUAAUGUGGUAUGCAAUGUAAUAAUUUGUUCCGAUGAUCAUUGACACAUCACAUAUCAGAUAUUACCAUCUCCUCCAUAGCCAUUCAGUCCGUGAUCUUUAUAAGAAUUCUUCCUUUUUCCCACUCCCCUACCUCCUGCCUCUCACACCCGCCUGCACCCACAUACCCACUUUUAUAGCUUUCCUCUCCUAAUAACUCUAAUAACCCUCUGUGUAAAAAGAACUCAAAGUCUCUUUAGUGAUGAUCGAGUUACCAGCUCACUGAUGUGGAAAUAAUUUCUCACAAACUGCGUCAUGGAAUCUGAUUGAUAAAGGCCAAGUUCAUAAUUCUGGGAGAGUUGAACUUUUGCAAUCUCAGUCUUUAUAAAAAUAAUAAUACCUGCCUUUGAUACAGUGCCUUGUU